ACGUUCGUUGGUCCUUAAUAUGUUGACUGUACUCGACUCUGCGCUGCGGGCCGGAUUCACACGUUUUCUGCUGGAUUUAAACAAAUUUUUCUGUAAUACCGGUAUCAUCUUUACCAUGCUAUGGCAAUGUUGAGGAGUUAAAACAUUCAAAGAUGGAAGAAUUGCCAAAAGCUUUCGUUAGUUCCCUGAGAGUGCUCUUUGAGAUUUUAGACGAGGACUCCGACGGUUACGUGGAACUUGCGGAGAUUGAGAAGAGAUGGCAGGGGAAUUCCGUCACCGGACUCCCCGCCGGAGUUGUGGACUCGCUGAGAGGCAUCGCACCGAAGGGCGGGCGGCUGUCAUUCGAGCGAUUCUGCUCAGGGCUAAAGAUCACCCUGGAGAAAAACCGGGCUAGCAGCAAAGGGAGGCAAGUGCAAGUCAGAGGAUCAAGACACUCAAAAGAUGAAAAGCAGCUGACCACUGCAACGGUGCGACCCAAUAAUGUAGUCCAUCCGAUGAGGGCAAAAAGUGCUCCACAACUUCAUGAUGUUCCCACAAAACCAGUUCGACAAAUGCGGAACUCUCGAUCAUCUACGUCUGCACUUCCAGAUGAAAAGAAGACUAUUGACCCUCCAGACUAUGCUGCACAUAUGCAGAAAACAAAGGAAAAGUCACGGAAACAGAGUGAAAAAUCGGACGAAAUAUAUUCCAAAUCGCAGUCUCAAACAGACGCGGGGGCCAAUCCCAGUUUGGCUGACCGAAAGCGUGUUGAAGCAACAAUAAAAAGCUGGCAACAAGAAAAAAGACAAAGCUCUUCACAAUUUCAAAGACAGCCAGAUGUUAUUUAUGCCAGGAAACAAGAUGUCAAUAUGUAUGCUAAACCACCGCAGCAAAGCUUUCCUGGACCUGGAGAAACAUCCAAACAGCAUGCAGAGUCUCAUUAUGAGAAACCAGUGAGGAGGACGAGUGAGAGUACACAAAAAGCAGGAGGAAGAAGGAAAAAAGAUGAACCUCGGAGACACACUCUAUCCAAUGGCAUCGAUUAUAAUAUGGUAAGAAUUAAUUUUUUUGAUAUUAUAUGUGUAUCACAAAAUUGUUUUGUGACAUACUAGUAUUUAGAAAAGAUGGAUCAUGAAAGUUGAGGAAUGUUGUCUAAAAUGUACAUGGUCACAAGAUACUUUUUCAAUUCAUGAAAGAUCAUACAUGUACUUUAAUACCUACACUUGAAAAGUAGUUUAGAACUGGAAUUGAGAUAAUUGUGCAUGACCAUUAUGAAAGACAAUCAGGCUGAGUAAAGAGAAGAGUACUUAUUAAAGUUCAUUUGACCAUUUAUGAAAAAUCAUGUGGGCUGCAGGAGAAGAAGUAUAGAACUCAGAGACUCCCAGGUCAGUAACAAAUUAACCUUUUGAGAAAUAUAAAAGAAAGAGAAAAUGAAACCAAACACAUUUGUAGACAGAGGGUUGAUGAAUGGACUAGACUGCAUCCCACAUCUUUUGUGUUUGAAAUGACAAAUAUUUGGUGACUUAUUCACAAUGCGCUUUCACACCUAAUGGAUCCCAAAACAUGCCCGGUAUUUUCCUAAUGCAGAAUCAAAAUAAUCAUACAAUUCCUGAAGG